GAACCAUUCGAAGGGCGCGUUGGACGUUGAUCUUAUGCGGUUUACUCCGCUGAAAGCAAUUGGGGGUGUUGUAUGCGUCGCCAAGUCUUCGAGAAUAACACUGUUGAGAAACAUGACAACAAAAGUUGGCAUAGUUCAAAUGCAAUCAACAGCAGAUAAGGAACGGAAUUUCGACCAAGCGGUUAAGUAUAUUAACCAGGCCAAAGCAUCAGGAGUCAAGAUCGUUUUCCUCCCCGAAUGCUUCGAUUUUGUUGGUCGGUCACGUGAGGAAACACUUGAUCUUUCAGAAGCGUUGGAUGGACCUUUGAUAACGAAAUACCGUGCCUUAGCUUCUCGAGAAAGCCUUUGGAUUAGUCUUGGUGGUGCUCAUAUUAGGAGCACAGAAAACGAUGAUCAGUUGUACAAUUCUCACAUAGUUAUUAAUUCAGAUGGUCAAAUAGUGGGCGUUUAUCAUAAAGUCCAUUUAUUCGAUGCCAAUUUAAGUACAAACGAAACUACACCCAAUACAGAACCAACAUGUAUGCGAUCAUCGUUCUUUGAGUCGAAAGCGAUAUGUGCUGGUACCGAGGCUCCAAUCGUAAUCCAAAACACCCCUAUUGGAAAUUUGGGACUAGCUGUCUGUUAUGACAUGCGCUUUCCUGAACUAGCAUCUCAUCUUCGAUAUGCUAAGAAUGCUCAUGUUCUAAGUUAUCCAUCUGCUUAUACUACACGUACAGGAGAAGCUGGUCAUUGGCAUACGUUGAUUCGAGCCAGAGCUAUUGAGAAUCAGUGUUAUGUAGUUGCUGCAGCCCAGGAAGGUAAACAUAACGAAGGACGAUCUUCAUAUGGGCAUAGUUUAGUUGUGGAUCCUUGGGGUCAAAUUAUCACUGAACAGCUGAAUCCUGGUCCUGGUUUAUUAACAUGUGAAAUAGGUCCAUUUACCAUGGUUAAUGCAACAACAUCUAUUAUUCCUAAAAUUUAUCAUGUAAGGAGAUCAAUGCCUGUGGAAUAUCAUAGACGAUUCGAUUUAUUUCCAAUGUCUGACAGUGGGUAUCCUCGUUUAUUGUCCUCGUCUACUGCUGAAAGAGCUAAUUAUCGUCGUUAAACAUAGUGUCAGUCACAGUGGCAACACCAUGUUAGUAAUGCAGAGGUUCGGCGUCGUGUGUUCGGGCGCAGAGACGAUAACUUAAUUGGUGUCACCAUCUUGAAACAUCGACUUCGGUAGCUGUGAUAUGUUCUACGAAUGUCAUUCCAGGGGAUUUCACGUCGAGCAUUAUUUGCCGACUCUAGGAGUGGUUGGAAAAAGCAGAGAGGUGGUCAGUGUAUGACAUGGUGUCGUGGUAUGAAAGAAAGCUGUACAGGACUGGCUUCUGUUGGUCCUUGACGACUCUCUGGCUGGGGUCCGAAAGAUGAUGCAACACAGUGGCUAGAGACGCUAUCAGAUGUGGAUCAGAACAUAAGUUAGUGGCGAUCCUGCUAUAACCUUUCACUUUCUUCAUGAAAAGUGGUUGUAACUUCCUUAACUGAAAGAAUUCUGUUUGUACCUUUCUGUUUCCCCAUUAUUAUCAUUAUAUUAUAUUAUACCAUAUUAUAUAUUACAUUAUUAUCACUAUUAUUAUAGUAUCAUAAUAUCAUUAUUAUAUUAUUAUAAUAUUACUGUUGCUAUUACUAUUGCCAUUAUUAUUAAUUAAUUAAUUACUGCCUGUUCACUACCCAGGGUGAGUGCAGGAUCACGGUCCUGUCAGUCGUGCAAAGGUAUUUUGCACUUAGAAGGUGCAAAACACAUGCCAAUACUAAUAUAUGAUAUGAUCUUCAUAUAUUAUUAUCCUAGUCUCAGUUUUUUAUUUGCUGCUGAUGCCUUCUAUUACAAUAUGGACACUGUAAUAUCCCAAUGUUUGAGUACAGUAGUUUAGUCGAGAGGGAUGGAUUGUCUCUCGUUUUUGAGGUGUAAGAAUUCCACAAAACGUUACUUGGGAGAAAAUUUACCGUGGUCACUGAUCACAAACCGUUUAAUAUCUGUCUUUAGUUUCAAGGAGAAAUAUUUUAUACAGUAAUCUAUCUCCAUUGAUGGGGGUUAUUGUUGUCGUGUUGUAAAUUCACCGUUAAAUAAGUCGAUCAGGUCCAAACAGAUCUCAUGCUGUCACAAGGGCACUUGGUAUAUGGGAAGUCUAGGCUUAUUGUUAAUUACUAGACUAUUCAUCUGACCAGAGUUACCACCCAUAUAUCUGGAUUACUCCAGUGAUAUAUAUUUGUGUUUGCGUGAUCUGUGCAUGGUUUCAUUAAUUUUAGCUCAUUUUUAGUCUCCCUUUGCAUAGCUGGAUAAGCAUGCGUUGGGAAACUUGCUGAAUGAAUCAGAUCUCAGUGCAUAACGGAUUUUAGCUGAGUCCUCGUUGUAAAGUGGAGAUAUGUCAGCGGCUUUCUGUAUAGUUGUAUGUCCGUGCGUGUGAGUGUGGAUCCACCUCUAUUCUCGUGCACAUGCGUAUUAACAUCAUGGAGUGAGCAGACACUUACUUGUCCGGUGCACAGUCACAUCUAACUGAGGAAGCUCGCUAGAUGGCUAAGGUGUUUUAAGUGUUUAACCUCAAACCUCCUGGUACGACUAAAGUCUAGAGGGAAUCCGUUCCACUUCUUGAAAUACUCUCAUAUGGCCAUGCAUUAAUAGCCACUGCCACAGAAGCCCUACUCAUGCAAUGGGCGUGUUUACAGAAAUGAGAGGACGAAAAGCGAACAUCUGGCGCUUUGACCAGGUUGUCGGGUGAGUUGGAAAACUGAUUCCGAAUCAGUUGUGCACAUUAACUUCAGAAUUCUAAGGAAACAAAUGUCACAUAAGCUCAUUUUUAGUCACCUGCUACCAUAGAACGUUAUUUAACGCUGCUUCACCUCCUUGUGGAUUAGACCCCUAAAUCGGAAGUUUAAGGAGUGAUCCCCUAAGAAAGUCACUUGCAUCUGUUUUUGCCAUCGAAAAGUGCCCUAUCUCUUAUGCAAAUGUAACCAAAAUUAUAAAAAAAUUAUUAUAUUUACUUAGCGUCCUCUCUAGCUCAAAGGAUAAUUGCCACACAUUAUGUUCAAGUAUAUUUGUUUUACUUUACUUCCCCAUUCCAUUUUUUUCCAUUCGGCGUUUACUUCUAUUUCUCAACCCACUCAGUACCUUGUAUGUGUUGAAAGUACUAUCCUUCCUAAACUAUCUCAAGUCUCUGUCUGGUCGAAAUUUUGAAUGCUACCACUGAAUGUGAUGUAAAGAUCAGACUUCUUAAAACCACGUGUAUUAUUUAAAUUAUUCGCUCUCAGCGUCCUCAAACUGAUGUAGAUUGGUCAGCAUAUAGGUUUGAGUAGGUCUUUGAAAGGUCUUAACAUUAAUGUUUACUGUUUAUCCAAAAAACCGUGUUUAAAGAUUUAGGAAAGUACGACGAAUUCGUUCUUCAUCUGCCUAUCUGAAAACUUUGUUUUAUGUGGAUUCAUCUGGGGGCUAUUAUUUUCAUCCGGUUUGACUGGAGGGCAUCCAGGUUCAGAGGAGAGUCAUUCGUGACCAAAUGGAACUCGUCCCGGGUCAGAUAAGAAUGACUUUUCUGAAAAGUCUCAUAAAUAAUCUGUUUCUGGCCAGCACCUAUUUCUGACACAGUCAUCUAUCUAUUAUUUAUUAUUAUUUAAACACAUGAACAUAGGUAGAAGGCGCCAAAUAGAUCUGCACCACAUAAAUCAUUCGAUUUGUAUGAGGACUGUGAUACUGCCCGGGUGUCGAAACUGAAGCAGGUGGUUUUCUUAGGGGACCACGCCCGGAACCUUUGACCUGACGGUCUGAUCCACAAGGCAGUGGAGCGACAUAGGGAGAUGCAGUUUCAUGGUUGCCGGUGACCAACGAUUUGUUCGUACGCCAUUUGUUCCCUCAAUAUACUGGAGCCCAUUUGGAUCAUUUGUUCGGAAUCAGGGUCUUUCAACUCUUCUAUGUAGGCUCUCUAUACCCACUAAACCGGUUAAAGCUCCGGACAUUCGCGUUUCGUUUUCCCAAUUUCGUGAAGAACAGCAAUGCCGCGAAAAGGCAGUGAGUAGGACUUCCGUGUCAGUGGUUGUAUGCACGUGGCCAUGUGAGCGCAUUUGGAUAGGGAGAGUUGACCCUCCCCACCUUCGACCGUACCGGGGCAUUUGGGGAUCUAAAAGCUAACAGAUACUUUCCUUGAAUAUGAUAUUCUAAUCAACUAAAAGGUAUUCUUUUUAGUGUCGUUAUCAAGAAGUUGCGUUCUGCUAUCGACUAGACAACUAUCAUUUAUCUAACGAUGUAAUUUCUCACACAGUGACAAUGUGAACGGACAAGAAGUUUAAUCUCGUUGAGAGCAGCUAUGAGUAAUGAAGAAGAGAUGGAAAAGAUAUGGUAGUGGCGAUAGGUAACAGUACAUAUUUGUUACGAUUCAUCGAGGAAACUGGUGUUAAAUAUCCAUGCAAUUGGUUCCCUUUAUGAAUUUAAAUGUUCAGCUAUCAGUGAAACUAUUUCGGAACAAAACUCAUCAAAAAACCAAAAGUCCAGUAGUUAGUGUUCUACCCAGCCCAAACGUAUUGGAACGAUAGAUGGUAAGCUUUGAAAAACAGUUUAACUGCUUUCCAGCUACCUCUAGUUGUCUACUGUUACCAAGCAACCUGAAUGGGAUACCAACAUAUGCUCCUCGACUCUUAGUGAUGUUGAAAAAUCCAUAACUAAUCUAAACUGAGAGAAUCCAGGUUUUGAUAAAUUAACUCCGUAGUUCUGUGAAGAUGGUGGUGCCGUUUUUUGGAAGUUUGAUUGUCUUGGAUAGCAGUUUGGGUUUAGGGACUGGAAGUAAUCUUGGUGAGACUAUAAUAUAUAGACAAUCUUUGAGGCACGCUAUAAUGACCUUGGAAUGUCCACCUACUUACUAGGGUUGUUGGUGUGAAGAACUAGGAUUAGGGCUUACAGCUGAACGUUAGUGUUAUGAAUUAUAUUUAACGUUUCAUCACGAACUGACCUCAGCUGUAAUACCAAAAUGGUAUUUAGCCAAAUAAUUGAAUACAUUUAGCACUAACAUCCGAGAUCUGUCUUGAGUCUGAUUGGUUCGUUCAUAAAUUAUAGUUUCGCUGUAAUCUUAUCUCACUGGACACAGUCACUGAUCAUUCUAGUUUAUAGGAAAUAUCACAGAAAAUCAGUUUGACUAAUAUAUUAUCUAAAACGUUAGUCUCAGUUAUCCAAUACUUAAAUGGGGUUCAUGAAGAACGAACCAGGAUGGUUUGAGACUUGAAUGGGAAUGUGUAGACUAAAUAUUCGCCUUUCGUCACGUUCUGGGACACAGAAAUAUCUACCAACUGCCAACUAGUUAUAUUUCUUGACAUAGAUAGAGUUCAACUAUCUAGGUGAAACAUCAGCACUACAGGGUCUGACACAUGUGUCUGAGUUGAUCAAUAUGUUUUAUAACAGUGUCUGUCUUUGAAAGGCAUCAGGACUGUCCGCUGCCACCGUUUAUACACAAUUUUAUCACAGACACGUUUUUAGAAACAGCGAUUUUAUCAUCUGACUUAUUAGGAAUCGAUCUAUUACGAAACUAACUUGUUGAUUUAGAAUAUGUAAAUGACACAGUCCUGUUCGGUGAAGACGCUGUCAAAAGACACAAUCUUCUGAUUGUGUUGAGUAUCAAUGUAAGCUUUCUGGGGAUUCAUUUCUCUUUUUUCAAACACAACCUGGUGUGCUUCACCCUAUAGAUCGAUUAUAGUGAAUGAAGAAGUGUAUGUCAGCCACUUCACUUAUCUUGUAAGCUUUAUCUUGUUGGCUUUCUCCAACUGUGUCACCUGUAGCAUCGGCAUAAUAUUCGUCUACAUACUAAUAGUCGGGGAUGCUUCACAAGUUGUCUCUGUUUCACUUUAUGGCUGUAAAAUAUUGCCACCUAAAGUAGAGGAGACUUAAAUUAGCAGUAUUUAAUGACCAAAUUAACUCCUCCUAUAACUUUUCUAGGGUUACUGCAGUUCUCAAGCCCGGAGGAAAUAAGGAUAGUUGGGCAUGUAGUCAGCAAGCAUGCAAAAAAACACUGACUAAGAAAAGAAAAUUUAAACCAUUUAUACCCUUCUAACAACAAUAGCAAUAAUUAAUAUAGGUAAAUGGAAUGUCCGGAUAAUGUAUGAGAUCGAUCAAUCAGUUACGGAAAUGAGGUAAAUUAACUCGGUGGUUCUCGAAAUAAGUGAAACCGAUUGUACGAAAGUCGGACAGGAAAGAUUAGUUUCGUGGUAAAUUAUUUUGUACACUGGUUGUGGAGAAUGAAAUGCUUCGUACAUACCGGAACUACGCUGAUACUGUCCAAAGAAGCACGAACACUACUUAUGUGAUAAGAGUCUCGUGGAUCCAGGGUUAUCAAAACAAAGAAGAAAAAAAUCACAAUGAAUGUUAUCCAGUUCCAUACACCGACCAAUUAUAAUUGCCAAUAAUUCGAAAACUGGUUCCAACUUUUUAGUAUUUGUUGUUAUAACAUCGAGUGUAAAAAUGUUUACAUAAUUACUUAAUUUGUCAAAGCAUUUUAUAUGUUACUUUGGCUAUGAACUGGAAAAGUAGAGACCCACGUUCGUUCAAAUGGAUAUGGUUUACUCAUCUUCUCAUAUCCUUAAAUGGAGGAAAAUAGACUUUUGACGGUCUUCAGAUUGCUUUUGGUAAUGGUUAAGGUGCUCUUAACGAACUGGCUUCAACUAUAGAGAUGUUUUGUAACUAUGUGGGUGAAUGGAUUUGCCGCAAGAAUCCAAUAUAUAGUAUCCUAAGUCUCAUCUAUUCGUACUUAAAUUAUAAUACCACUGGAUGAAGGUUUAUUUCAAGACUAGAAAUUAUUGUUCUUUUCCCUGUAAUGUGCAAUCCACAUAGGAAAAAUUGAGUGUUUGAUAUAUUUAGCACCAGUUUUACUCCACGAUGACAGGAAGUUUUUUGUUUUAGGCGUUUUGAAUACCAUAUAAAGAUUAUUAACACUUAUGUCAGUUUUAUAUUUUGCGCAAAAACCUAGCUCCUUUUCUCGAUUCUGAUGGUAUCAUUCUCACAUUUUACUUUUACUAGAGUAAUUGUUACUAAACACAUAUCACAAAUCAGAUUAUGCCUAUUUUCUUUUGACGAAUAAGUUUCAAUAUAGACAUACUUGUUUGUCCGAUUGCUA